GCGAUCGUUCAGGAAGCGCGCCUCGCGUACGUCUGAAUCAUUGAAUACGCGUAUUAUAACAUUCCCCCGUUAUAAAUAAAUUACUGUUGUGUCAAUAAUGUUAUAGUUUUAGUGCUAGAAUCCGGAGGGUAUUUCUGUGUGCCAGUGCGUCAUUAUUGUGUUGCAUGAGUGAUCCCAAUGGGGUGCUGGGUAGUGCGCGGGAUGAAGGACGCCGUACGCCGGCCAGCACCGAACAGCUAACAAAAUGCGAAAAGGAGCCAGACUGCGUGGCGAUAGGUAGCAGAUUGCGAGGGCCGAUGGGCACGCGUCCGCCCGCGGCCUUUUGGCCGCAACUCUGGGCCACCGUCGUCAGGAGUCUGUUGCUCAAAAAGCGCGACACUAGGAAAACCCUCGCAGAAGUUCUGGUUCCUCUUUACUCUCUGGGCGUGCUUAUAUUUCUCAAGAUGCUAGUGCCGAACCCUAAUUUUCCUGAAGUCAGGAAACCUGGCAGGCUAUUGAGGAUCCACCACGACGUUAUAUCAGAUAACCAUUCUGUCGCCGUAGUGGCAGAUUGGGAUACCGCCAAUGGGACUUUGGGUUUUUUAGACGACAUUAAUUCGCUGCUCAUCGAGUCUGGUCAACAUCCUGUCAACUGGAUCAGAUAUAACAACACAACAGAUCUAAAUGAUGCAUACCACAACGAUGCCAAGAGGUUCCCUCUUGCUGUUAUUUUUCAUACUGAUCCUGGCGCUUAUGGUGAACCGCUCAGAUACACAAUUCGUACGAAUCCAUCCCGUGAUGGUGGCACGCCUUCCACUAGGACUCUCACAACUUCACCUGCUAAAUGUCGAGAGAGAACCGGAUUUAAAGAUUGGUCUUCGGACUGGUCUAGAGGGGGACAGCUAAUACCUCUGUCAGAAAUGCACAGGGAGGAUACGUGUCCUGUACUUCAGUAUUAUUAUACAGGUUUCCUGGCGUUGCAGACUCUGAUUGAUUAUGUUAAAAUUAAAAUGGAUACUGGCACCCGAUUUUUUCCACCUCGGGUCGACCUACGCCAAUUUCCCAAACGCCAGCAUACAGGGGACUGGCUCGUGAUCUUCAGAGUGAUUAUGCCGAUGUACAUGGUGAUGACGCUGUCACAAUUCAUAACCUACCUCCUGAUGUUUGUGGUUGGAGAGAAAGAGAAGAAAAUACGGGAAGGGAUGAGAAUAAUGGGAUUAAAAGAUAGUGUUUAUUGGGGUUCGUGGUUUUUAAUUUAUGCUGUUUUUGUUACAAUUCUGUCCAUCGUCAGUACUGUUUUGCUCUUCACUUUAAAGGUUUUCCAGCACUCGUCUUACAUCUUAAUUUUCCUGUUGAUGCUUCUUUUUGGAUUUACUAUCAUAACCUUCGCGUUCAUGCUCACGCCUUUUUUCGACAAAGCCAGGACUGCUGGAAUUCUGGGCAGUUUCGCCGUAAACUUGAUGAGCGGGCUAUACUUCAUCCAGGUGUUUGUAUCAAACGCUGAUUCUCUCGCCUUUUGGUUCGUCUCUCUUAUAAGCUCCAGCUGUUACGCCCUCGCCAUGGAUAAGGCUCUAGUAUUGGACAUGGCGGGAGUAGGUGUGACCUGGGAUAAUUUAUGGAGUGGGCCUGGAGUUCCAUUCGGAGGCAGUCUCAUUAUGAUGGCAGUGGAUACAGUUCUCUAUGGUCUAGCUGCGUACUGGUUGGAUGCGGUUGUACCAAGCGAGUACGGCAUCAAACAGAAGCCGUGGUUCUGCUUGCUGCCGUCGUUCUGGGUGGGGCGGCGCACGCGCGUGUCGGCCGAACACCUGCACUCCAACGGGGACGCGCUGCACAAGGACAUCGAACCCGUACCCAAAGAACUGCAAGACAAAGAGGCCAUUAGAAUCGUGGGGCUACAGAAGAGCUUCCGUCAUUGUCGGAGACCGGAAGUAAAAGCGAUCGACGGAAUUGACCUCAGCAUUUACGAAGGACAAAUAACAGCAGUGCUCGGGCAUAAUGGUGCUGGAAAGUCCACGCUCUUCAACAUCCUGACAGGUUUAACGGCACCGACAGCUGGAACAGCAUACGUGUAUGGCUUAGAUGUCAGGGACCCUAAUGACAUGCACGAGAUACGCCAGAUGAUCGGCGUGUGUCCGCAGCAGGACGUUCUGUUCGACUUGCUCUCCGUUAAGGAACAUUUGCAGUUCUUUGCUGCUGUCAAGGGUAUACCACGUAGAAGGAUAUCUGAUGAAGUACACAAGGCGCUAUCAGAGGUUGGGCUUCUGGACCAAGCUUCGGUAUUCUCCAAACAUCUUUCUGGAGGGCAGAAGAGGAAACUUAGUAUAGCCAUCGCGUUUAUAGGAGAUCCUAAAAUAAUAAUCCUAGAUGAGCCAACAGCAGGAGUAGACCCCGUAUCCAGAAGACAGACCUGGCGUAUCUUACAACGCGCGCGUCGAGGGAAAGUCUUGUUGCUGACAACACACUUUAUGGACGAAGCUGAUAUCUUGGGAGAUCGGAAGGCCGUUAUCAGCAAGGGACGGGUUCGUUGCGCUGGAACAUCGUUAUUUUUGAAAAACAAAUUUGGAAUCGGAUAUCAUUUGACACUAGUAUUAGAUGGCGCGUGCCGCGAGCACCAGAUCACGCGGCUGGUGCGCGGGCACGUGCCGCGCGCGGAGAAGGCGCGGCGCCACGGCCGCGAGCUGUCCUACAUCCUGCCGCACUACGCCGUGCACCUCUUCCCGCCGCUCUUCCACGCCAUCGAGCUCGAGAUACGCGACAAGACCAACCGCCUGGGUAUAACGAGCUAUGGCGUAUCGAUGACGACCCUGGAGGAAGUGUUCCUGAGUCUGGAGGGGGAGAACGCGGAGGAAACGGAGGCUGUGGAGGGCGUGUCGUCUGUGAAACUGGUGCGGGCGCGCGCCCUCUCGCGCAGCCUCUCGCUGCAGAGCAAGACCUUGAGCUACCAGGAAUUGAACGAUAAGGACCAACAAAAGACGACAUCUCUCCCGACACCCCCCGCGUCGCACGCGCUGCACUCCACCACGCACGGCGUCGAACACGUUAAGGUGACCCCGGACGCGUCGGUGUCAGUGGAUGUGUUGGGCGAGAUGGUGAAGACGAACCCCUCGUGCUGGCGCACGUUCUGCGCGCUCGUCUACAUCCGCACCGUGCGCAUGAUACGCGACCCCUACAAGCUCUACGUCAUGAUCUUCAUGCCUAUCAUUUCUUGCGCGCUCGGUCUUUAUAUGAAAUCUCGCCAAAUCGUCUUUUUUCGAAUGCAGCCACUCAAAUUGGAACCGAAUGCUUAUUUCAAUAGGACACCAAUUGCACUGUACAGUGAACAAGAUAACUUUAAGGAAAUUGCUGAUUUUAAGGAUUCUUUAGAAACAUUAGGAGCUCAUCCAAUAGAUCUAUUUGAUGGAAACUUCUCGAGUCUUCUAGACAUGGAGAAUUUUGGAGCGUUUAGUUUGAAAGAUAGCCUAAUACCUUUUGGGAAAAUUAUGGCCUACUACAAUAGCACGUAUACUCAUAGCUUGCCUAUUAUAAUAAACUUAUUGGACAAUAGUAUAUACAGGGUAUUAAUGACGGCCUCCGGUCAGCUGGAAAGCUUUAAGCCUAUCGAGGUCCUCACCCAUCCCUUCCAGCAGACGGAACAGCAAGAAGAGUUUAACUUGGGGAACGUAGUGUGCGCUAUUUUUAUGGGAAUGAUAUUCGCUCUCGUACCCGUAACGUUGGCUGUUGACAUUGUGUAUGAUCGGGAGAUAAAAGCGAAGAACCAGUUACGUGUGAACGGUCUGUCGAUGAGCAUGUACUUCUUGACGUACUUCACCAUCCUCAUCUUCAUUAUGAUUGUCACCAGCGCCGGAGUUCUGGUUCUUGUAAUCCUCAACGACAUACCGAGUUUAACCAACGGUUCAGCCAUCAUGAUGCUCUGCGGUCUGUUGAUCUUGUACAGCCCGUCCGCCAUAUUGUUUAACACGUGCCUAUCUUAUAUAUUCGACAAAAUGGAUUCCGCUCAGAGUAUCAUGCCGAAUAUAACCACUUGGGUGGGGGUUAUACCUUUCAUAUUGGUAGCUGUUUUGGAUACUUUUAAAUGGGGUAGCAACAUCGCCUUUUAUCUUCACUUAGUGUUCAGUUUUCUAGACGUUAUGUACAUACCGUAUGCCAUCAUUUAUUAUGUUGAUAGGGUAUAUGUAACCUGUAACCUCCGAGGGCUCUGCACGGUGCCGUCACUGUCCAGCUACUUCACGGCGGAGGUGUGGGUGCUGAUCGUGGCCAUGCUGAUUCACGUGCCGAUAUGCGGCGCCGCCCUGUUGGCCGCGGACAGGCUCAAGUCUGGGGGGAGGAUAUGUACUCGCAAGAGCAGCGCGGCGGCGGUGGACGGCGAGGCGGAGGCGGGCGGGGGCGGCGGCGGCGGCGAGGGCGGCGAGGACGACGACGUGCGGCGCGAGCGGCGCCGCGUGGCCGGCCUGCUCGCCGCGCGCGACGCCGCCGCGCCCGCGCUGCUCGUGCACAAUCUUCGCAAAGAAUAUAAGCUUCGCGGAUCGAGGAACGGCACGGCGUGCUGCGGCGGCGGCGAGGCCCUGCGGCGCGCCGCCCUGGCGCGGCUGUCGCUGGCCGUGCACGGCGGGGAGGUGUUCGGCCUGCUCGGGCACAACGGGGCCGGGAAGACGACCACGAUGAAGAUCAUCACGGCAGAGGAGCGACUCACCUGCGGCACCGUGAUGCUCGGCGGCCAGAACAUCGAGGAGGCGCAGUCGGACGCGUUCCAGAUGUUGGGCUACUGCCCGCAGCACGACGCGCUCUGGAAGAACGUAACCAUCCGCGAGCACAUCGAGUGCUACGCCGCCAUUCGCGGCAUCAGCAAGGCGGAUACGCCCAGGAUCGUGGACGCGUACCUGAACGGGCUGCAGAUCGCGGAGCACGCGGGCAAGAACGCGGAGGAGUGCUCGGGCGGCACGCGCCGCAAGCUGUCGUUCGCGCUGGCGAUGGUGGGCAGCCCGCGCGUCGUGCUGCUGGACGAGCCCUCCACCGGCAUGGACCCGCGCAGCAAGCGCUUCCUCUGGGACACCAUCCUCGCGAGCUUCCAGGGCAGAAAAGGUGCUAUUUUGACAACACAUUCCAUGGAAGAGGCCGACGCUUUAUGUUCCAGAGUUGGGAUAAUGGUGAAGGGCGGAUUGAGGUGUAUUGGUUCAACGCAACAUUUAAAGAACUUGUACGGCGCUGGAUACACGCUGGAGAUGAAAAUAGGUCAGCAGAACCAUAAAUCGACGAUGCUAGAAUCAGAUCUGUCGUUGACGCCUUCCUCCUUACGUUCAGCUAAUAAUUCUCCGUCGCUCGGCGAAGCAGAUGAAGGUUCAGGAGGUGGCUCAGCGGCGGUGGAAGCGGAGGUCGAAGCAGAGGGCGAGGGCGACGGCGAGGCGGUGGACGUCAGCAUACACACGCCGCUGGUCGGCAGCGCGCCGGCCGCGCGCCUGCACCACCAGCGCACGGAGUCGAGCGGCGGCGCCAGCUCGGAGGCCGCCAUCGCGCUAGUGGCGCAGCUGUUCCCGGCCGCGGUGCUGGAGGAGAGCUUCGCGGAGCGGCUCGUGUUCUCCGUGCCGCAGUCCUCCGUCUCCAGCCUCGCCAAGUGCUUCCAGCAGAUCGAGGAGGCGAAAGAAAAGUUGAACAUCGUCGAAUAUAGCUUUAGUCAGACAACGUUAGAGCAGGUGUUCCUGAAAUUCGCACAAUCCGAGAACGUCGAAUCUUCAGACCAAGAACAUUAGGACAGCGUUAAUAGUAUAAGGUUUAAAAUAAUAAUAAAUGCGAUGAUUUAACUUGACGAUUUUAUAUAUAUUAAAAAGAAAAACAUUAAUACGUAAAACAAUAUAAUUUUUCUAUUAAUCCAGGCCUAAUAUACGGCUAUGUAACAAAUAAAACUUUGCAAUAAUCCGCAACGCUUCUUUGCAAUUGCAAAGUUAUAUAAUCUGUAGAUAAGCGUUAGUGUCACAGAUAAUAAAUAAUAAUAAUUGAAUAAAAUCGUCAAGUGGAUAAAUUCAGUUUAGAUAUAUCGGGCUUUUUGAAAAAAAUGUAAAAUAAUUGAUACGCUUCAGAUAUUCAGUAGUUUAUUUCUUUAGGUUCCCGAGCUUUUGUAUUGAGACUACCGAUGAGAGAAUAAUAAUUAGUGUGUAGUAUAAUUCAAGAUGGAGGCAUAAUUGUACGCUUUAUUAUUCGAAUAAUUACCGAUUCUCACUUCACAAGUCCACAGGUUAAAAAGUAAAUAGCUCUUGAAAAUAAGUACAUUAGAUCUCAUUCAAUUGUUAUGGUGUUUUAAUGCUGUAUAUUCCCAAUAGAAAACCGUUAAAAUAUGGUGGAAUAUUUAGGAUAUUUAGCGAUAUGACGUUUUAAGAAUUGAACAUUAUGGACCACUAAUUAAUCAAAAUAAGGGCGAGGUCAGGGAGGGAGAAUUUGUUUUGAAAAUGACUUCGUUUUCCGUUAUGUAUAUAUCUUUUAAUGACAGCCUUAUUUAUAUCACAUUUGUUUUUACAAUAUACAAACAAAUAUUGGAAUUAUAAAUUAAUUAGAUUCAAAAAAUGGUAUCAUAAACUUACUAAGAUUUUGAUAAAUUGAGCAAUACGAUGUUUAUUAUCAUAAUAUAACAAUAAAAAAAAUGAAUUUGCUCUGAAAUAAUAUAAUUAAGGCGUUCAUAAAAAGUUCGUGCCGUUCGACGGCAGUAUGAGUGAGUUUUCGUCCCUUAUUAAAUGAAAUAUACUACUUUUUUAAUAAGGAAUGCUAUUCAUUCUAAGUAAUCCUAACUUAUAUUAUAAUAUAAAUGCGAAUGUUAGUUUGUUUGUUUGUUACGCCUAAAAUACAAACUCGAUUAUAAAAAUUCUUUCUAUAAAUAAUUUUCUUUUUAUAAAAAGUAUUCAACUACUCAACUGAUAAUCAUGAAAUUUUGCAUACACGUUAUAGGUAAAGAAAUGGACAUAGGGAAAACACCUACCAGCUGCCCCGCCCGCGCUCACGCGGGUGAAGCUGCAGGCGGAAACUAGUGAUUUAUAAUUAUGCCUCCAUCUUUUGUACAUUAAUACGUCGUUUAAUGACAUUUUGUCUAUGAUAUUUAAUUUUGAUUUUAUUUUUAAUUAAAUUUCUAAAUGUCGGCCAGAUAUUUUAUUCAAUAAUAAAAUUACUAAUCUAAUAUUAAAGACUGAAUCUAUAUCCAUGUAAUUACUACUAAAACAUAUAUUUAAAUUAAUUUCAUUAAAUUUUAUUUUUAAUAGUGUGAAUAAAAAUUCGAUUUUCAUUUAAAAAAACAAAUGCAUAAAGUAUCAUUAAAUGACGUCAUAAGUGUACUCGGACUAGGUCGUGUUGAUACUAUUAAAAUUUUUAUAAUUUAGCAAUUUUUAUAUAACGAGUAGGAUCAAUAAAUAAGUGGCACCGUGUUUUUGAUGAUAUAUAAUAUCUUAUAGAAAUUAUUUUGAUAAUUCAAAAUUAUAAUAAUAAAAUAUACAGUAGGCAAGGAUAUUAAAAUUGUUUCAUUCUACAACAAUUCUGCAACAUUGUGGCGGACGAUAUUUAUUGUAAGGUAGAGGAAUGAUAUUCUGUAAGAAGAAACUCGAAACUCAGCGCAGAAAACGAUCGUGAAAUGUCAGAAAGUUAUAUGCGAUAUUGACUAAUAAUCUAUCUAUCCUAUUAAAUUAGGAGACAUUUUUCUAGAGCCUAACUGAAAAAAUUACUAAGCCAAUCUAUUAAAGUAACACCAAAAGAUAAGAUGGUCCCAUCUUAUCUCUUGGUGUUGGCGUUUCGGAAAAGGUUUUAUGUAAUUACAUAAGUAGAUGCAUUUCUCACUAUUGUGACAAGCGUGAAUAUUAUGUUUUUGUAGUUAAUUAACAUUUAAAGUAUAAACUCAUCAAAAUAGCGUAACGGUUAUCAAAAUUCCGCGAUUGAGAUGCGAAGUGAGCUCUUACAGAAUAGCAGCGCUCAAAUGAAAGUGAGAUGUUUAAUUCAAAAAAAAAUCGAGUUUGUUAAUUUUUGAUCGUGCCUAGUUAUCAUAUAGCAAUUUUAAAUUCUGCAUAUUCCUAAAAAUAUUCUGAAAAAAAAUGUAUUUUUUGUUUACCUAAAAGUAUGAAAGAGGAAAUUUAAUUUUAAAAUCUUUAGAAGUCAUAUUUGACUUUUUAGGCAGUUUAUUAUUAAUUAACAGUUCAUUGGUCAUGAUUGCGGCUAUAAUAUGGUACAUAGUUACAAUACACAUUAAAUAAACUUCCCAAAUGAAAUCAUAGCUGAAAAAAUCAAACUUUGACGACUUAAUAAUUGUUUUAUAUUCAAGAAACAAUUCGUUUUGGUAACGGAUAGCAUUGCCAACGAGGCGUUGUUCAGAAGAUUGCUCCAUUAGAAGACUAUGAAAUACGAAACUAGUUUUUUAAUGAAUAAAUUUUAUCGCCAAUACGAAAAUUUCUUUUAUUACGGAUAGGCAAAUGAGUUACCAGAUGGAUGUAGUCACCACCACCGAUGGGUUUUUUUAAAGAUAGGCGGACGAGCAUUUGGGCCACCUGAUGGUAAGGGGUCAUCAACGCCAAUAGACAUUGGCAUUGUAAGAAAUGUUAACCGUCGUUUACAUCACCAAUGUGCCACCAACCUUGGUAACUAAGAUGUUAUGUCCCUUGUGCCUGUAAUUACACUGGGUCACUCACCCUUCAAACCGGAACACAACAAUACCAAGUACUGCUGUUUUGCGGUAGAAUAUCUGAUGAGUGGGUGGUACCUACCCAGAUGAGCUUGCACAAAACUCUACCACCAGUAAAAUUAAACCAGUAAAGUAUAUCAUGCUUUAACAUUGUGUUCUAUUUAUAAAAUUAUUUUUUAACGUUACGCUUUUUGGAUGCGGAAGAGAAAUUCAAUGAAAACCUUUGAUUGAAACACUUCUGAUGCAAAAAUAAAUCUGGCGCGAUUUUUAGGUGACGUAAUUUUUAUAUCCUUAUAAUAAUAUGUAAGCUUAGGUUUACUUCAUUAUAAAACUUAAUGGUUCGCCUGGUUAAGGCCCAGGAUUAGAUUAGGGUAUAAGUUCAAAAACUUGUCAGUUAGGGAACCCUUGGUAUGUGACACUGUUAUAGUUUGCGGGUUAGGGAAACACAACCUGGUGAACUUGGUGGGAGGUGAUUAAGGUGAGUGACUGAUAGAGGGUGCAAAUACUUGCGUACUAUAAUCUCUUGCGCUUAUCAAAAUGUUAAAUAAUGACUUGACUUUUCAGAUAACCCAACUUUACAUAUUACAGUUUUAUAACUUAUCUGAUCAUGUCCUUUUGAUUCCGUUGAUUUUGUCUGUCUACGGCGGACAUUUUCAAGAAAAACUAGCGUUAACAACUCAGGAUACAUUAUAGUGCACAAAUGUAUGCACAAAGACAAGUGCACUCUAUAUCUGAAAUUUCAUAAUCCGAUUGGGUACAAAAAAUAAACAAAAAAACUAACACAUAGUUAAAAAAUUUACUAGUUUUCAAUGCAACAUUUCUAACCAAUCCAAAUAAAAGAUUUAUAUUUAUUUGUCUCGGUGUGCAUAGAAAUAUUCUUUUUAACGGUUCGAUUGGAUGUAGUAAAAUAUUGAGGGGAUCUCCUUAAAAUCAAUAUUAAGAGAUCUCCAAAUGUCAAAUCUCUACGUCUUAUACAUUCAGAUAUAUGAUAAUAGACAUUCAUUUAGGACAUUGUACUUUAUAUAUUAUAUAAUUUCAUUAAAAAUAAAAUCGAUUUAACCUUUCAAAGUUAAAUUAAUGUUAUCAUUAAACCAAUUUUUUUAAUACUGCUGACAAAUAAAACUAUCUAAGAUGACUUUGAUAAGAGUUUAACUAACUACCUAUUUAAGUCUACAAUUCGCAAAAAAUAUCAUUAUAUUUAUUCAGUAGCAAUUGUUAUUUUAGGCGGUCAUAAGUAUUUCGUUAAAAGAUUUUGUAUUUUUUGACAUUUUUUUUUUAGAUCAUUCCACAAUUUCGU